AUGGAGUAUUCGAAUUUCUCGGCCGAUACGAGCUUCGAUUCAGACUCGUUGACCGAAAACUUGGUUGAUGGGAAAAUUCCCGACGCUUCUGAUCGGCUUAAUGAGCGGAUUUAUCAAGCAAUGACGACGCUGGAAAUGAUGGAGAUUUUGAAGAAAUCGUGUAUUUCGAGAAGAAGCGCGGUCGAGGUCAAAAGCUGGGUCGUCGACAUCAAGAAAAUAUUUCUCAUGCGGAAGCACAUCACGAUUUUUAAUUUGAAGCAGAAAAAGAAGCUCUCGCAUGUGUUGAUGGAAAAUGUGCUCAAGGAUGAUUCAGUUCGGCAACUGUUCGUCGCGAUGCAGAUGAAUCUAACCUCAGUUGUGAAAGCUCAGCUUGAGAAAAUCAACAUCAAGGGAUACCGAGCUCUUUUCUCAUCGGAAAAGGCUUACGACAUGUUUUUCGGAGCGAUUGCUGACAACAACAUUGCCUUUGUUUCGAUCUUUCUUGAGCAAGGAAUCGAUCUGUCCAUGUCCGAAGAAAUGGACGGCAAAAUCACCAAGUUCUUCAAUCAAACUCGGCAGCAACUCCCCGGUGUUUUUGAAAAAGUGAAGAAGCAUGAAGACAAAAAGAGGUUGAUCGAGCUUCAAAGUCCGAGAAAACGAUUUCUUGGAAAACGAAAAAUCGAGGAAGAAGAAAAAAUCAAACAGAUGGACAGUGAUUUUUCUGUUUUUGACGUGAUUUCUGGCCUGCGAAUUUUGAAAAAGGACUAUAUCAGCAAUUACGGGGUCUACAUCGACGACCAGGAUCCAAUGAUCCGCGGCCGGUUGAACCCAGUCAAAGCGCUGUUUUUCUGGAGCCUGGCGACGGAGAACUUCGAAAUGGCGGAAAUUUUCUGGCGGGAGGGGGAAAAAGACGCACUAGUCCUCGCUCUAGUUGGCGCGGCGGCCUGCGACUUUAUUUCAAAACUGUCAAAGACGUACGAUAUCAAAUGCGAAAUUGGAACUCACAAGAAGAAAUUCACCGAUUUGGCGAUUGGGCUUUUGUCGGAGAGCAUCAAAAAUGACAACGAAAACACGAGGAAAUUCUUGACCCAAAUUCAUCCGGAAUAUGGACAAUUGACGCCUCUAGAAAUCGCUGUCAACGGAAACGUCAUUGCCUUCGUCGCGCAUCGAUUUGUCCAGCACGAGUUGGACACAAUCUGGCUCGGUCGAAUCUCGAAGCUCGCUUUCGAAUCCGGCCGGAAUAAAGAAUGGGUCUACUACUGCUCCCUCGCCAUGCCUUUCGGAGCUCCUUACUGGCUCAAAUUCGACACCCACAAACCAACAGCUUCGUAUUUGACAAAAUUCAGGUGCUUCUUCAAUGCGCCGAGAACUGUUUAUGUUUAUAAUUUCAUCAUGUAUACAAUCUAUCAAGGACUUUUUGGUUAUGUCCUGACGAUGCAAUUUUGCACAAGACCGUUUUUUGCUGAAUGGUUUUUGCUUGCUUGGACGAUAACACUUAUUUUGGAAGAAUUUCGACAAAUGAAAAGCUCAGAUGGCAACAGUUUUCUGAACCAACUCCACCACUGGAUGCAAGACGAGUGGAACAUCAUGGACAUGAUCGGAUUCGUCGUCCUCUCCAUCGGCGUCGUCCUCAAACUGUCAACCGAGCCCGAAAACACCGACUGUACAUUUUUCUCCGGAGGCCCAGAGGAAUGCUGCCCGCUUCAGAUGUCGCCAGAGUUUCAAACAUCUCAGAUUUUGUACACGAUUUCAUUCAUUGUUCUGAUGAUCCGAAUGAUGAAUUUUUACAUCGUCACGAAUGUCAUGGGUCCGAAUAUCAUCAUCAUCUGGCACAUGAUCAAGGACAUGUACUUCUUUUUGAUCAUGUUUGGAAUAUUGAUCUACGCGUAUGGAGCUUCCAUUCAAGGAUUACUCUAUCCAAACGAGUUCCGAAUCUUGGAAGUUUUCGACGGUGUCUUUCGCCGGCCACUUUUGACCGUUCUCGGCGAAACUUUCAUGAAAGAAGUCCAAGCUUGGGGAUUCGAGGGCCUCGCCGACCCAAGCAACGAUCCACUUGAAUCUGAUCCAGGAGCAUACUGUACCAAUACAACGACGAAAAGCGGCCUCUUGCAGGAUAUGGCAGAUUUUACCACUAUGUCAAUGCGAUGUCCACAAGAAAACUGGUUUAUCAAGGGUCUCUCGUUGUUUUACAUGAUGAGUGCGAAUAUUAUUCUUUUGAACUUGCUCAUCGCCAUGUUUACGCACAGUUUCGACGUUGUCAAAAGCAAUCGAUCAGGUGAUAUGGAUCUUUGGAACUCAAAGCGCUACGCCCUAAUCAAGGAGUAUUACCGUCGACCUGCCCUAGUUCCUCCCUUUUACGUCCUUCGAUUCGUCGCAAAAGCCUUUGAAAAAAUCAUCCUUCUUUGCUUCGGCAGCAAUUGGGACUUGCGGAAUCGAACUCGAGAGAUUCACCCUCAUUUCUACAGCGUCAGCGCCAAAUUCAUUUCGCGGCACAAGAAAAAAGUUCAAGAAAAAGCCGCGCUGGAGGAAAAACUCUACGAUUCUAGCGACGAAGAGGAAGAAAUUCAACAAAAACUGGAUCAAAUGGACGAACAUAUGAAAAAGAUGCUGAAGAACAUUUCCGAUCGACUAUCAAAAGUGCAAAAGAAAAUGGACAAAUCGCAAAAGCCAGACUUUGAUCCGGAAUUUGCAGAAAGACGAAAAGUUAUUGGCGAUUUUAUGCGAGAAAAACGAGGCCAGGAUUUGAGUCGAAAUCCUCAUCUUCCCGUUUCGAGCAAAAAAGUCCUCAGCAAAUUCAACAUUCCUGACAACAUUCUGACCCGCGGAAAUGGCAAUUCUUCAGACUCCGAUGAAGACGAUGAUUUGCUCGGUGAAAUUCAAAGUUUCAAACUCACGAAGCUCAAGCCAGUUUCUCCACUAGAGCCACUAGAAUUUACAGAGCUGACCCUUCAGCACGAAGAAGAAAAACCGAUAGAAUAUGUCACAGUCGUUCACGAAAGAGUUGGAGCGGUUGGCCCGCAAGAAGAAAUUGUCGAAAUGAUGGAAGAAAGUGAAUUUGUCGAGAUGUCAGAUGAUGAUGUUGAGCUUCAUCUCCCAGAAGAAACGUCUUCAGUUUCUGUCGAUGGUUCUUUGGAGCCUUCAAGUCCGCGCUCCGAGUCUCAAAACAUCGAGAAGAAAAAGAGCUUGUCGAUGAAAAAGCGCGCAAAAAAAGCUUCGAUCAGAGUUCAACAAUCAUUUUCAAGAACUCCAACACCAGAUGGCAGUCCGAGGAAAAAAUCAUCAAAGAAAAAGUCUUCCUCUCAGCCUCCUCCACCCCCCGGAGCACCACCGCCACCACCACCAGCAGCGGCACCGUGUCUCUCACAAGUUGGCCCGCCUCCUCCGCCUCCUCCAGCAGCGCCGGCUUGUAAUCUUCCUCCUCCAAAGCCCAAGUCUGGUUUCUUGUCCAAAGUCAGUUCGAAUGUCCCAAAACCGCCGCCAAUGCCGAGUUGGAUGCGCAAGGGCGCUCAUAUGUUGAAUCCAAUGACGUUGACGAGGAGUUCACCUCCGAGUAAGAUUUCCAGUCCGAAGAAAAUAUCCUCGCCGAAAAAGUACAAACUGGAAAAACAAAGGAAAAUUGACAGCAAGUCUCCUUCCUUUUCUCCAGCACUUCCCUUUCCCUUUGAAGAUGUGAUGCAGAUUAUCGAGCUCAAUCGAAGACGUUGGAAACACUCCCGCUCGCCGAAAUACGGAAAAGUCCAAUCGGCUCCCCGCCGCGCUCUUAUCACCAACGACCAGAUCAGCUGGGACAGCUCUUUCCCCGGCUACUCCCCAGUCACACUGAACCACACGAUUAAAACCCAACUUCGUAAUCCGGCCGGAAGAACGGGAAUCGCCGGACUUGGCUUUUUAGAAAAUCUCGGAGAGAAUGAAAAAUUCGUUUUUGUGAUUCGCGAUGAGAAUCAAAUCCUCCUCGAAAAGAGGGGAAAGAAUCUUCCAGUGGAGAUCAUUGAAAGUGGAAGAAUUUCGAAGUUUUUGAAAAGACAAAAUUUGCAAACUGAAGAAUUUCGCUUUGGAGUCGUCGAUUCUGAAUGGAAUACUGACAAUGCUUGGGUCGAAAUGACUGUAAUCUACGCCUUCACAGACCUGACAAAGCCCCUUGGAUGGGAGUUUAUCGGACUCACGCCUUGCCCAAUCAAAGAAAAUCUCGGAGAUUACUUCAAAAAACCUAUUUCUGCCAGUGAAAAUCUCUAA